AUGACUAUUGAAGAUAAAUUCGAGGAGCUCGCUAUAUCGGAAACCAUACCGAAAGCCGCAGCUGAAGAAGCUGUGGAAGAAGCUGAUACUCGUAUCGGUCGUGAUGACCCAUUCGUCUUUGGUCAACGUAAACUACAAACUGAAGAAGAUGUUUGGAACCAUAAUGCUUGGGAUAAUGUUGAAUGGGGCGAAGAACAAGUGAAUGAAGCCAAGGAGAAGAUCGCUAAACAAUAUGAUGAACCAGUAAAGGAUUUUGAUAAACAGUUAUAUAAUGGAAAUCCAGCUAAAUAUUGGGAUACCUUCUAUAAAAACAACAGAGAAAACUUCUUCAAAGAUAGAAAAUGGUUACAAAUUGAAUUUCCCCAACUAUAUGAAGCUACAAAAGAAAACUAUGGCCCAGUUACCAUCUUUGAGAUCGGUUGUGGUGCUGGUAAUACCCUUUUCCCAAUUUUGAAUCAAAAUCAAAAUGAGGAUUUAAGAAUAGUUGGUGCUGAUUUCAGUCCAAGAGCUGUUGAACUAGUUAAAACUAGUGAAAAUUUUAAUCCAAAAUACGCUCAUGCUGCUGUUUGGGAUCUGGCUGAUCCAAAUGGUGCUCUACCGGAAGGUGUUGAACCUCACUCUGUUGAUAUUGCAGUUAUGGUUUUCGUUUUCAGUGCAUUAGCUCCAAAUCAAUGGGACCAAGCUGUUGAGAAUUUAGCUAAAAUAAUGAAGCCAGGUGGUAAGAUUUUAUUCAGAGAUUAUGGUAGAUAUGAUCUUGCACAAGUUCGUUUCAAAAAACAUAGAUUAUUAGAUGAUAACUUUUAUAUAAGAGGUGAUGGUACAAGAGUUUAUUUCUUUACUGAAGAAGAAUUGAGAGAGAUUUUCACAAAGAAGUUUAUAGAAAAUAAGAUCGGAACAGAUAGAAGAUUACUGGUGAAUAGAAAAAGACAACUUAAAAUGUAUCGUAUAUGGCUACAAGCGGUAUUUGAAGUUCCAAAUUAG